UCUUCUUUUUGUGGAACCGGAGAAGGAAAGAAAAUGGUUGUGCCUCGACCAUUUCUGUCACCGGUUUGCAAAAUGGCUCCUUACCCACUUGAUAUCAUUGCCACCGCCGCGUCCCUCCACUUCAGCCACCGUGUCUCCCACCGUCUCCGCCUUGAGUUUCUACUUCGCUCCUGUUUCAAGAAACUUGCUCCCGUGUUUAGAUUGAAGGAUAAAUGGUGUCAAAGAUACCUUCAACUCAAAGGAUUGAAUUAUCUUAAACUGUCAAGUGAUGGUUUGACUUCCACGUGUUCAACUAGUUUCUCGUUCUUUAAUGGGGGAAGACCUGAAGCCAGCUUUGGAAAUGCUGACUCGAAGAUGUCCCAAAAAAGUCCAUUUAAUGGAAGGAAGUGGACAAAUAUUCUCCUUGCUGCCAAUGUUUUAUUUUAUAUUGCGCAACUUGCAACCGAAGGCAAGCUUUUGUCGUGGGGGGCGAAGGUAAAUAGUCUCAUUGACAAAGGACAACUUUGGAGACUUGUUACGUCUUCCUUUCUGCAUGCAAACAUUGGACACCUUUUGAUAAAUUGUUAUUCCUUAAAUUCAGUCGGUCCCACUGUGGAGAGGUUCAGUGGUCCUCGAAGAUAUCUUGCAGUUUACUUUGUCUCUUCAAUUGCAAGUGCAGCUAUGAGUUAUUGGUUUUGCAAAAUGCCUGCAGUAGGUGCUUCAGGAGCAAUUUUUGGACUAGUUGGAUCAGUUGCAGUGUUUGUUUUACGGCACAAAGACAUUGUAGGAGGUGGUACAAAAGAUCUGCAGCACAUUGCACAAGUAAUUGCCCUCAAUAUGGUUAUUGGGUUAUCAUCGACUGGCAUUGACAACUGGGGACAUUUUGGAGGUUUGAUUGGUGGAAUUGCUGCAUCAUGGCUUAUUGGACCUGCAUGGAAACAUGAAUCCACAACUAUAGAUGGAAGAAGACUUUUCAUUGACAAUGCACCAAUGAAUAAUCUCUUAAAGAUUACAAGAGUCCCUAAACAAUGGAAAUAGAAACAUUAUUGACCUAUUGGAUUACAACCUAUAGUAAGUAAACAACAAAUAGUUGUUCAAUGUGUGUAUCUGUAUAAUGAUAAUGAUGCCUUGUUGUAAGCUUCCCUUAAGAAAAUAUUUGGAUGGUGGUUUCUAAUUAUUUUGCAUUAUGUUAA